CUGCCUGUGUGCUGAACACCACGGGUCCUGCUCUCAGCUGGGGCUUCUAGACACCACUACAAAUAACAAAUAUGAUUUUCCCUUUACGCUUGUCUCCUUCAUCUCCAUCCAUGCUGCAGUGCCUAUGAGAGCCUGCAAAGAGACGCUGUCUUUUGCUGCUUCAGGAUCCCAGCAACAAGUGGGAGUCUGAUGGAUUGUAAACGCACCUGCUUUGUUUAAAAUUCAGCCAAACAGAGGUGAGCCUUGAGGACCCUUGGGAGACUGUAACUACUAAAUGUAUGACCUUUCUCUGGCAUUAGAAGCAAGCCAUGGGAAAAGACAAGAAAGAAGAAGAGGUCGUCUUCCUGAGGAAAAAGAUAACUUUGCUGAGGGCUUUCUCACUCCUCAUUGGCAGCAUGGUUGGCAGUGGCAUCUUUAUCUCCCCAAAAGGAGUACUGAAAAACUCUGGCAGUGUGGGUUUCUCCCUGGUUGUUUGGUUUGCCUGUGGGCUCCUCUCAAUGUUUGGUGCCUUGUGUUAUGCAGAGCUUGGAACAAGAAUCACCAAGUCUGGAGGACAUUAUAUCUACAUUUUGGAGACACUAGGACCUCUGCCAAGUUUCUUAUUCCUGUGGGCAGAGUUUUUUGCUAUCAGGCCUGCCAACAGUGCUGUGGUUUCUUUGGCGUUUGGACGCUACAUGCUGGAGCCAUUCUUUGCCCCCUGUGCAGCCCCUCUCCCUGCUGUGAAGCUCGUGUCUCUCCUGGGGUAUUACAUGGUCCUCACCCUCAAUUCCUGGAGCGUCACCUGGAGUGCCCGCCUGCAGACAGCUCUCUCCAUCGUCAAACUCCUGGCUCUUGCACUCAUCAUCGUGCCAGGAAUGAUGCUGCUGGCACAGGGCCACACCAAAAACUUCCAGGAUGCUUUUGACAGACAGUCACUGGUUUUGGAUAAGUUGCCCCUGGCUUUUUACGCAGGCAUGUUUGCAUAUUCAGGCUGGUUUCAGACCAGUUUUGUGCGUGAAGAGUUAGUCAGACCUGAACGAAAUAUCCCGCUGGCUGUCAUCGUGUCCGUGAUCACAGUAAUUGUGGGGUACAUGCUCACCAACAUCUCCUAUUACACAGUCCUGGGAAUGCAAGAUGUUCUGGCUUCUCCUGCCGUGGCUGUGAGCUUUGUGCAGCGAGCCUUCAAAAGCCUGAUCUCUGUGGUCCCUGUCCUUGUCGCACUGUCCUGCUUUGGAACCAUGAAUGGAGGAAUCUUCACGUUUUCAAGGACUCUGUUUGUGGCUUCCAGGGAAGGACAGUGGCCUCCUCUCUUCUCCAUGAUCCACAUUCGAAGGCAUACACCCCUUCCUGCUGUCAUGUUAAUGUUCCCUUUGGUUACUGCCAUGGUGUGUAUCGGAGAUAUCUACCAUCUAAUGAACUUCUUCAGCUUUUCCCGAUGGCUCUUCAUAGGAUUAGCCACCCUUGGGCUCAUUGUCCAUCGCCACCGUCACCCGGAGCUGCACAGCCCCUUCAAGGUUCCCCUGUUCAUUCCUGUCUCUUUUACCAUCAUCUGCCUCUUCACAGUGGCAAUGUCUUUCUACUCAGACCCUGUGAACAUUAGCAUUGGAUGCACCAUGGUUUUAAGUGGUUUUCCAGUCUACUACCUCAUAAUCCAUAGGCAAAUGUCAAAACGUUGCCGUAGCCCAUUUUAUUAUCUUACCCGCAAACUACAGGUACUGCUGGAAGUAGUCCAACAAGAAAUCAAGACUUACUGAGAAAUCAUCAGAACUCACGGGAGAAGAUAAGAUUUACUUACUCAGUUUCUGAUACCUUUGAUCCUACCAAAGGCCAUGCUCUCAUUCUUUUAAUCACUGCAAAUGAGGAUAAACCUGAGCCAAGACUUUGCUGCAAGUCUUCCUAAGCUUGCCAGUCAGGAUAAGUGUUUGCAUCUGCUUCUGCCCUUUUCUUUUUUAGCAGAACAAUCUAUUUCUCUGAAAUGAACUUGCUUUGCUUGUAGAGUCUCUUUGAAACCAAGAUUCUAAUUUUGCAGCCUAGCCCAGUUCUCAGUAAAAUAGUGUGUGU